AUGGAAGAGCUUGUUUCUUAUAUGGAAAGAAGUUCACAGACAAUGGUGGCAACAAAGUGGAAACAAGAAGAUGUUUUAAAGUAAGAAUUUAUCUAAAACAUCUUCCCCCCUCCUCUCAGAGAUGCCGUCAGACCAACUUUGUGGAGGAAAUGCUACUCCAUGCACGAUGUCAAUGCUUCAUUGUCCAAAGUCCAGCUUGUGGGAUUCAAUGAGAAAAAGAGCAUCUUUGGCUCGCUGGACGUGUUGGCCUCUAGUUCCGGGUUUUGUCUGGGCAGCUCUAACUGGAUCAUCCAGUCUGAGUAUGAAAAGAUAUGUUAUGUGUCUGGGUCAUCAACGCUUACAACACACCCUAAGCCAAUGGAACAAGCCCCGCUGCGGAACAGCGAUGUCCUUAUCCUGAGCUGCCUGACCCAGACACCACUGACCAAUCCGGACUCCAUGAUAGGAGAGUUCUGUCUUAAUGUGGCACUGACAAUAAAAAACGGCGGUAAUGUGCUGGUACCCUGCUACCCCUCGGGGGUGACCUUUGACCUGUUUGAGUGUGUGUCCGGGCACAUGGAGAGCUGUGGUUUAGGGCAGGUGCCCAUGUACUUCCUGUCCCCAGUGGCUGAGAACACACUCGCCUACUCCAACAUCUUUGCUGAAUGGUGUUCCCAGGGUAAACAGUCUAAGGUGUACCUGCCUGAACCACCAUUCCCACAUGCAGAUUUGGUGUCAAAUGGAAGGCUUAGACCAUUCACAAACAUACAUGAGGGUCUUACAGGGAACUUCAAACAGCCCUGUAUUGUAUUUGCUGGUCACCCAUCACUCAGAGUAGGGGAUGCUGUGCACUUCAUAGAGCUGUGGGGCAAGUCCAGCGGAAACACCAUCAUAUUUACAGAGCCAGAUUUUCCAUACUCGUCUGCUCUAGCUCCUUUCCAGCCUCUGGCCAUGAGGGUGUGUUGCUGCCCAAUCGAUACCAGUCUCAACUUCAGUCAGGCGAACAAGUUGAUCAAAGAGUUACGUCCCUUGAACCUGGUUGUAGCUGAGAGUUACCUGUUCCCACCUGUGCUUCAACCUCAUAGAACAGAUCUUACUAUUGAAUGGGAGCCAUCGCCGCUGACCUACAAAAUGGGGGAGGUGGUCUCCUUGCCUAUCAGGAGGAAGUUUGAGCGAAUUGAAAUCGCCCCUGAGUUGGCAGCCAUGUUGGAACCUGUGGAAGUGAGGCCAGGAUCUGCAGUCUCCAUGGUAACAGGGGCCUUAAUCACCAGGGACAACAAGUAUGUGCUUGAGCCUGUUCCAAAGGAAAUGUCCAGUCGCAAACGACAAGCAGAUGGGUCAUUAUUAAAACCUAAACCAUUUGUGUUUGGAGCGCUGAACAUCCGACAGUUUGUGACGAGUUUAGCUGAGGAGGGGAUCACAGAUGUUAAAGUAGAAGAUUUGGGGGAAGGACACAUCAUACAUCUGCCUAGUGACGAUACAUUGAUACAGGUGGAACCGGAAUCUACGCAUAUCAUUUGUGAGGGAAACCCAGGGAUCCGGACAAAACUACGCGAUACACUUCUGCAGUGUCUGUCAAAGCUAUGAGAGAAACCCAGGGAUCCGGACAAAACUACGGGAUACACCUCUGCAGUGUCUGUCAAAGUUGUGAGGGAAACCCAGGGAUCCGGACAAAACUACCCGAUACACUUCUGCAGUGUCUGUCAAAGUUAUGAGAGAAACCCAGGGAUCCGGACAAAACUACGCGAUACACUUCUGCAGUGUCUGUCAAAGUUGUGAGAGAAACCCAAGGACCUGGACAAAACUAUGGGAUACACUUCUGCAGUGUCUGUCAAAGAUGUGAGAGAAACCCAGGGAACUGGACAAAACUAUGGGAUACACUUCAGCAAUGUCUGUCAAAGCUGUGAGAAAAACGCAGGGAUCCGGACAAAACUAUGGGAUACAUUUCAGCAAUGUGUGUCAAAAUUGUGAGAGAAACCCAGGGAUCUGGACAAAACUAUGGGAUACACUUCUGCAGUGUCUGUCAAAGAUGUGAGAGAAACCCAGGGAACUGGACAAAAUUAUGGGAUACACUUCAGCAGUGUCUGUCAAAAUUGUGAGAAAAGCGCAGGGAUCCGGACAAAACUAUGGGAUACACUUCAGCAAUGUCUGUCAAAGCUGUGAGAAAAACGCAGGGAUCCGGACAAAACUAUGGGAUACAUUUCAGCAAUGUCUGUCAAAGAUGUGAGAAAAACGCAGGGAUCCGGACAAAUCUGAGGGAGCCACGGUGUUUUUUCAAAGUUGAGAGGAAAACCUAGGGAUUCGUGAAAAAAUCCGGGAUAGGCUACACUUCUAGUAUGUGUCAAAGUUGCGAUAUGGGAGAAAUGUUGCUGAUCUGGUGGUGUAAAAACCCUAGCCAUUUAAUUUUACAGUGUCUAACUUCUUGUCAACUUUGGUGGGAGGCAUGGAUUAACUUACACGAUCUAACAGGGUUUUUUUGUUCAGUUCAUAAAGGUAAUUCGGACGUUUGGAAUCCCCUUUGCGCAAACGGUAGAUGUGCAAGAUGUGAACACAAUUAUGACAGUGAUGAGGUGUGUUUAAACAGUGUCAGUUUAACCUUUGAAUAGAAUAAAAGCUCCAAGACUUUCCUUACACGGCACCACUUUGAACUGUUGGUCCUCGUCGCUGGUUAGACUGCUAUUGCUGUCGUCGUUAGAUUGCUGUUGCAUGUCGGGUUCCUGCCGAAAUGCGGUUAUUUUCUCUGGGCAUUGUCUGGUUUACCUCCAUCUAUGAACGUGAAGGACGUCUUAAGAAAGAAAUAGAUCCCGUCCGCUUGCGCUAAAGAAUAUCGACAUCUUGGUGUUUUUUUUUUGUUUUUUUUUCACACAUAAAACUGACCGCCAUCAUGUAAGAGAAAAGUUUUUGACUACUGCGUUA